AUGGUGUCUCAAGAUUUCGAGCCAAUUUCACCGAACAUGCAACCUCCUCCACGAAAGCUUGUCAACAUUGAUCAGAUCAUCGAAAACGCUACGCUGGCAGAGAAAGUGUCGUUGCUUGCUGGCUCCGACUUUUGGCACUCCACUCCCCUUCCCCAGCACAAUGUCCCGGCCAUCAAAUGCACCGAUGGGCCCAACGGCGUCAGAGGCUCACGAUUCUUCAACCCUGUACCCGCACUCUGUAUCCCUUGCGGCAGUGGCCUAGGAGCAACGUGGAACCCUGAGUUGAUCGAACAAGCCGGCCAGCUAUUAUCAAAAGAAUGCGACGCUAAAGGCGCCCAUGUCUGGCUCGGUCCAACGGUUAAUAUCAUUCGUUCGCCGCUGAACGGCCGUGGAUUCGAGUCCUUCUCCGAGGACCCGCACCUGAGCGGAAUGCUUGCCGCAGCCAUCAUCAGGGGUGUCCAAUCCCGAGGGACUCUGGCGGCUCUGAAGCAUUUUGUGGCUAACGAUCAGGAGACGGAGAAGAUGUCUCUUGAUGUGCGCAUGUCUGACAGAGCACUGCGAGAGGUAUAUCUUUUACCUUUUCAGAUCGCUCUUAGAGAUAGCAAUCCCAGAGUGGUGAUGUCUUCUUACAACAAAAUCGGCGGCCUGCAUGUUUCUGAGAACCCCAUGAUUCUUCAAGACAUCCUGCGGAAAGAGUGGGGGUUUGAUGGUCUCAUCAUGAGUGACUGGUGCGCCAUAUACUGUUCCAUUGAAUCCGUCUUUACAUUUUGUUAUUAUGGAGCUAAUGCAUACAGGUACGGCACUUAUUCUUGUGAGGCAGCGCUCAACGCUGGCGUUGACAUCGAGAUGCCCGGUCCUAGUCGUUACAGAGAGAAAGAAGCCCUUGCCGCAGUCUUCUCGGGCAAAGUUCACCAACACACCAUAGACGACCGAGCACGAAAAGUUCUGCAAUUCGUAAACGACGCGGCAUCAGCCCGUGUCGAGAAGGAGGAGACCAUGCGAGAUGUUCCUGAGGACAGGACCCUAAAUCGUCGUUUGGCAGGCGAGAGUAUUGUGCUGUUAAAGAACUCUGCCAACCUCUUGCCAUUGUCACCCGAAGACUGCAGUGAAGUGGCUGUCAUCGGACCAAAUGCUGAGCUUGCAGCUGCAUGCGGAGGAGGUAGCGCAAGUCUCCGGCCCUACUACACCAGUUCCGUACUGAAGGGAAUCCGGGACUCUCUACCACCUACAACCAAGAUACGCCAUGAGCCUGGUGUUUACGGGCAUAUUUUGUUACCCCCGUUCACAGAAGAAAGUGUUUGCGACGAUGAAGGCCGGGGAGGUGUAACUAUCGAAUUGUUCAACGAACCACAUACAACCAAAGAGCGGACGCCGUUUGACCGUGUCACGAUACCGGACACCACCUACCAGCUCAUGGACUAUGAGCAUCCUAAGAAAGGAGACACAUUCUUCAUGUCCAUGCGCGCUCAAUUCGUCCCAGAACACUCUGGCACGUACGAAUUUGGCCUGGCCACUUACGGCAUCGGCGACCUAUUCAUCAAUGAUGAGCUUGUCAUUGACAACUCAACAGGGCAAACGCCAGGAGGCAUGUUCUUCGGCAAGGGUUCAGCCGAAAAGCGAACAACAUACGAAAUGACAGCCGGAGAGCGGUAUUUUCUACGCGUUGAGGCCGGUAGUGCUGCGACGUCGAAAGUGAAGGGCGGCUCGCUAUUGGCGAUCCCCGGUGGUGCGUGUCGGCUGGGUGGCUGCCGCAAGAUUGACCCUAAAGAGGGUAUCCAAAGAGCCGUCGAACUGGCAAAGAGAAGCAAAUACACUUUCGUCGUUGCCGGACUAAAUGCGGACUUGGAAAAGGAGGGCAAAGACAGAGACACGAUGAACAUGCCACCACAAGUGGAUAACCUCAUCGCAGCUGUUCUGGCGGCACAGCCAAACACCAUUGUCAUCACUCAAGCCGGAAACCCAAUCGACAUGUCAUGGAGACAUAAUGCCAGCACAAUACUUCACAGCUGGUACGGCGGCAACGAAGCGGGCAACGCCGUGGCGGACGUUGUCUUUGGACGCAUCAAUCCUAGUGGAAAGCUGCCAAUGACUUUCCCUGAUCGGCUAGAAGAUAAUCCUGCGUACCUUGGAUUCGGCAGCGACAACGGCACGGUCUACUACUCUGAAGAAAUCUUUGUGGGGUACCGGUGGUACGAAGCGAGAAAGAUGGAAGUUGCAUUUCCAUUUGGUCAUGGUUUGAGUUACACCACCUUCCGAAUUACGGAGAUGCAGGUUUUACCCUCCAGGGUUCACUUCAGCAUAGAGAAUACCGGGCGAAUGGCCGGCGCGGAAGUUGUCCGCUUGUACAUUAGCUACUCGACUGUGAUCCCCAAGUCACGAUUUGCGCGUCCCGUGCGUUCACUCGUUGGAUUUGAAAAAGUUUUCUUGGAGCCCGGAGAGAGGAAAAAUGUCUCCAUUCCUAUCGAUAGGUAUAGCACGGCUGUUUGGGAUGAGAAGAGAAACAGUUGGUGCUGUGAAAAGGGACGGUACACUGCUUCAGUUGUAGGAGGAAGCGCAGCUUUGAAUGGCUCCUUCGAGCUUGAGAAGGACAUGUUCUGGAGUGGAUUAUGA